AUGGCACCUGCGCUCAAACCAGGCCAGUCUUCACUCUCCAUGCAACUCGGUGGCCAACUCUUGCACCGAAUGAGCAAAUCAACAACACGGAUUCAUCAUGCUUCCAAUUCCUCAUAUGCACCGUCAAACUUCACCCGCCAAUUUCCUUCCCAAAACUACCAGGACGCCGGGUCGUCAUUUGCCUCUCGAGGGCCUCCACCACCAAGUCAUACUCUUCCAGGCCCUAACCCACUAUACGCAUACCCACGAGCACGCAGUAUUCCUACCGAGCUUCCGGGUACUAAAUUGACCUUUACGACAUGGUUCAAGAGCCUCUUUGGCUGGAAGCCCAAAGCCGUUUAUAAGCCUGCCCCUAUACACAUUGCCACCAAUCCAUACCGAGCCCGCAAACAGUGGCCUCCAGACUUCCGUGACCUUGAUUUCAAGAAGCAGUUUCAUUUUGAGAAGACCUACCGCCGCCGGGCGGCUUUAAAGUGGGCUAGACCGACGUGGAAUAAGAGCAUCAAGAUUCUCCAACAAACCCUUAUCACAUUUACACUGGUCUAUUUCAUAUUCAUCUGCGAACCGGCGCACGGCGAAGGAACACCAUUUGAUGGGUUUCGUGUCUGGUUUUUUGGUAAGAUUGGCACACUUACACAACUUCCAGAUGCGACUAAGCAGGAGGCGGAGAAGCUUACUGCAGAGGCACUGCAAAAGAUGAAAAAGCCUAUAGGGACGAGUGAUGAUGCAUCUCCUGUGAAUACCUAA